ACGGCCCAUUUGAGUGGUCAGGAACAAGCGGGAGAAGAGGAUAUAGUUUGGUCUCUGCUUGUCGUGUCCUUCGCUCAUUCAGGCUUCUUCAGGAGGAAAGGAGAAAAAACUUCGGGCGAAGCCUGAACCGCCAAUCAGCGACGACCUGUAUUUUUUUAUGCUCUGAUCAAUUCAAUCUUCAACCUGCAAAGUAUUCAGAUUUUUAUGCCUGCACCAGGCCCUGGAUUUCUACUUGAAGUUGAGACUUAGCAAUUGUUCAGGUUCUCUGUGUGAUUUUGAUGCAAAAGACAAGUAUUUUCAAUUGCAAGGCCCCGUUUGGAUUCCAUGGGAAUCCCAUUGGACAGUAUGAUCACCAGUUCACCUAUGCAACUUCAUGUUUUUAUACCGGAAGAGAUGAUGUUAGGUUAUGUGCUAAGUGGGUGAAGGUCCCACUUCCAUCCACCACUCAUUCUGCUGCUUUGAACCAUUUAAAAGUUGGUCAUGAUUGUCGAAGGGCAAAAGUCAAGUGCGUAGCAUAUGAAGAUCAAGGGAAGUUGUUGGACGAGGAUGAUGAUCUCUGUCCUGUUGACUGCGUGAGAGAAUUCAAGACUGACGAGGAGUUCUUUAGAAUUCUUGAGAAGGCCAAAGAGACUAACGCUUUGGUGGUGGUCGAUUUUUACCGCACUUCUUGCGGCAGCUGCAAGUACAUAGAGCAAGGAUUUGCGAAAAUAUGCAAAGGUGCUGGUGAUCAAGAGGCUUCAGUAAUAUUCUUGAAGCAUAAUGUAAUCGAUGAAUAUGAUGAAGAAUCGGAGGUUGCAGAGAGGCUUAGAAUAAGGGCCGUGCCGCUCUUCCAUUUCUACAAGAACGGGGUCCUCCUGGAAGCAUUCCCGACCAGAGACAAAGAGAGGAUUACUGAAGCCAUUCUUAAGUAUUCGUCUUCUGCUUUAGCAGGCUGAUGAUGGGUUCUGGUUCAGUUUUCUAAAGUUUACUUUUGCACAUAAUGAUGCUUGUACAUACUUUCAGCUAGUCAUUGUCUUCAAUGCCUGUUCUAUGCGGUUGAUGAUUGUGCAAUAAAUGAAUGGCAUGAUAUUCCUAACGUGAGAGCAGAACAUGAGUAUCCUUCGAAGUGUAAUUCAGAUUGGAGUGUGGUGAUAAGAAAGUCUUCCAGUUUGCUUUCGUGUGCUA